AUGGACGUUAGCAGCAAUUUGUCUUAUAUUCCUAAAUUUUCUACCCCUACGAAAAAGAGACCUUUGGUAUAUCCAAACAGUCCAAUUACACCUUUGCAUCAGCAGGCUCUUUUGGGGAAAGCAAGCCGCUCAGCGAAAAAAAGCCCAACGAAGGCGUCAUCCAACUUUGUCCGAGGUUCACCUAAACUUGAUGUCGUGUCAUCCGACUGGUCAUUGUCGACUUCCGUAAGUUCUCCUCGUGCUAAACACCAUUGCUCGAAUCACAGUGACAGAUUCAUUCCUUCAAGACAAAAUUCAGCGAAUGCAUUUGUUUCAAAUCAAAAGCAUGAAUUAUCUGCUGAGUACAAUGAAUCGGUUGCCGAAGCUUGUGGUUUGGAUUUAAAUACACGUAUCCUUGCUUUCAAGCCAGACGCACCUGAAUCCAAGAAACCUGUUGAUUUGCGUGCUCAAUAUAACCGACCUCAAAAACCAGUCGUUUCUCAGACAAAGCGCAAAUUUGCUACGACGCCUGAGCGAGUCUUGGAUGCACCAGGUAUCGUCGACGACUACUAUUUGAACUUGUUGGAUUGGUCCAGUUUGAACGCUGUUGCUAUCGCACUUGAAAGAAACGUUUACGUUUGGAAUGCCGACAGUGGUGAUGUUGGCGGUAUAGCUGAAACGGAUGAAUCCACCUAUGUAGCGGGCGUAAAAUGGUCCCAAGACGGCACAUUUUUGUCUGUGGGACUUGGUAAUGGAUUGGUUGAGAUCUAUGAUGUCGAAUCGCAAAAAAAGCUUCGAACGAUGGCAGGCCAUCAGUCGAGAGUAGGCGUUUUGGCAUGGGAUCGACACAUUUUAUCCAGUGGCAGUCGCUCAGGUGCAAUCCAUCAUCAUGAUGUGCGCAUUGCUCAGCACAAAGUGGGCGAGUUACUAGGACAUGAAAGUGAAGUCUGUGGGCUGGCGUGGCGCUCGGACGGACUUCAAUUAGCUUCUGGUGGUAAUGAUAAUCUGGUUCAAAUUUGGGAUGCUAGAUCGUCCAUCCCCAAAUUUACAAAAACAAACCAUACGGCAGCCGUCAAGGCUGUAGCAUGGUGCCCUUGGCAAAGCAACUUAUUAGCAACUGGUGGUGGUACCAUGGACAAGAAGAUUCAUUUCUGGAACGCAGCUACGGGAUCAAGGGUCAACACAGUGGAUGCUGGUAGCCAAGUAACGUCACUAACAUGGAGCCCUCAACUCAAAGAGAUUAUAUCCACUCAUGGUUUUCCUGAUAACAAUUUGUCUGUCUGGUCUUAUGGCACGACAGGAAUUACAAAGCAAGUAGAUAUACCUGCACAUGAUAGCAGAGUGUUAUACUCUGCCCUGUCUCCUGAUGGACGCAUUUUGUCUACAGCCGCUAGUGAUGAAAAUUUGAAGUUUUGGCGAGUAAAUGAUAGUGAAACAAAGAAGAGGACUGGAAUCUUUUCUAAAGCCGGACCUGCCAAUAUGACUAUCCGAUAA